AUGGAUUUAUCUAAUCACAGCCCUAAUCCUGAUAUCUUUAAUCAACUCGACAAUUCUUCUCAAUCCUCAAUCCAUCUUAUAGAUUCUUCAGGCACCGUUACCAAUCUCCAAGACCCUAAUUGGGCUUCUCUUGUUAGCCAAAACCCUAGCUCCGACGCGAAUUCCGUCCAAGGUGACCUCCUUUCGCUGCCUGUCCCCAAAGGAAAGAGACGCGGUCGGCCGCGGUAUGCAGCGUGGUCUUUGAACCAGGUCCAUGGCCUACACAUCUCGUCUUCCAAUAAUGGCUCGAGCAAUGCGAGGGCUUCGGUUAUCAAGACCCAGAUGCAGAACACGAGCAAUUUGAUAAAGGAAAAACAGGGUUCUAGUUCGAAUUCUGGUAGUCUGGCCAAGAAACCCGUUGAUGGCAUGUCGGAUGAGAUAAUCGUGAUUAACAAGGAUGCAACAGCUGAGGCCUUGAUUGCAUUGACUGCCGGCUUCCCAGCAGAUUCUCUAACAGAGGAGGAAGUAGAGUACGGUGUGGUGUCUGAGGUGGGCGGCAUUGAGCAGGUCAACUACAUAUUAAUCAGGAACCACAUAAUCACAAAAUGGCGAGAGAACGUGUCCACCUGGAUUACAAAGGAGAUGUUUGUGGGUGUUGUCCCGGAGCAUUGUGGGCCACUCUUGAACACCACUUACGAUUACUUGGUUUCUCAUGGCUAUAUCAACUUUGGGGUGGCACCUGCAAUAAAAGAGAGGAUUUUGGUGGAGCCAAAGAAGCCGAACGUGAUAGUGGUAGGGGCUGGGCUUUCUGGGCUGGCUGCUGCAAGGCAGUUAAUGGCUUUCGGAUUUAAGGUUACGGUUUUGGAGGGGCGAAGGCGUCCCGGUGGGAGGGUGUACACAAAGAAACUGGGUUACGGCAAUACAGUUGCGGCUGUGGAUUUGGGAGGAAGUGUUUUGACCGGCACUUUGGGGAACCCGCUCGGGAUUUUGGCUCGUCAGUUGAAUUUCGUGCUCCAUAAAGUUAGAGAUAAGUGCCCCCUUUACAGAGUGGAUGGGAUGCCUGUGGAUCCUGAUUUGGACAGGAAAGUCGAGACCUCUUUCAAUCAGCUCUUGGAUAAAUUGAGUAAAGUCAGACAGUCAAUGGGAGAUGUUUCGCGCGAUGUGUCUCUCGGGGCUGCCCUGAUGACAUUCCGGGAGGCCUUUACUGAGGAGGAAAAUAGCCUCUUCAACUGGCAUCUCGCCAACUUGGAAUAUGCGAACGCCAGUUUGGUCUCGAUGCUUUCGCUUGCGUUCUGGGACCAAGACGAUCCGUAUGAUAUGGGAGGUGACCACUGUUUUCUCCCGGGAGGAAAUGGGAAACUGGUCGAGUCUUUGGUGGAGAAUGUGCCCGUUCAGUACGGGAAAACUGUCGAGGCCAUCCAUUAUGGCGGUGAUGGAGUUCAGGUUGCUGUUGGAGGGGGUCAGGUUUACAAGGGCGAUAUGGUACUUUGUACGGUCCCGCUUGGGGUUCUGAAGAGUCGCUCAAUUAGGUUUGUGCCCGAGUUGCCUCAGAGGAAGCUUGACGCGAUAAAGAGGUUGGGAUUCGGGGUCUUGAAUAAGGUUGGGUUGCUAUUUCCGCAUGUGUUCUGGGGGACUGAUCUUGAUACGUUUGGGCAUCUCUCUGAUCAUUCGGGCAGUCGUGGGGAGUACUUUCUUUUCUACAGCUAUGCCACCGUUGCCGGAGGCCCGCUUUUGAUUGCUUUAGUUGCAGGAGAAGCUGCUUACAAGUUUGAGAAUGAGGAUCCUACAGUGUCUGUGAGGAAGGUGCUUGGGAUUCUUAAAGGGCCAUCUGCAGAUUCCGUAAUUGCUUCAAUUAAGGCCGAGAGGAGCAAACGCAGUCAAAGUCAAAAAUCUUCAUCAUCUGGUAUUUUGAUGUCUAAAGCAGCAUUGACGAAUCGCAAGUUAGUCAGAAAGGCGAAAAUUGUACGCAGCAGCAAUAAGCUAUCCAUCCCAAGCACAAAUAUCGAGAGUAAAGCUCGUGACAGUGGUAAUAACAUCGAGCCCACGACACUAGCCCAUAUUAAUGGCGUUGAGGCUAUGGAUGACAUGAGAUGUUUUAACCCGCAGAAUUUGGGCCAUAAUAAUAAUAAUAAUACCUUAACGACUUAUUUGGAUCCUAAUCUGUCCAUAACACAUAUGGAUGUAGAUAUGGAUUUACUCGGAGAUACCCACAACAAUAAUGUCUCGUUUUGCCCGCCGAGUUCUGAAAAUGGGGCGAAAGUUGUUGGCUGUGAUAGCAGCAAUAUUGUUGACCAGAGCUUUGACGCUCGAAACUAUGUCGGGGUUACUACAGAUAGCAUUAGCUGUAUAUCUCUUCAAGAGAACAUAUUUGAUGACAUUAUGAAUGAUCUCCUUCCUCCUUCCAGUGCAAACUCUGGCACUUGGGAAUUCACUGAAAAAUUGUAG